CUGAUUUCAGUCUACAACGACUGAUUUCAGUGUCACAGCAAAAAGAUGGCGGACGUUGAUGAGGAUGGCUGGCUGAGCGUGAGCAGCAAGAAGAACAAGAACAAGAAGGGCAAGAAGAAGCAUGGGAAGCAAGGUGUGAGGAGGAAACAGGGCCGGCCUGACGCCACGAGCACGACGACAGUGGCACAGACGGUGGUUGGCAGUGGCGAUGAGCCUUUUAGCCUGGAGGUAGUGCGGUCGUGUCUCUCCCGGCUUGUAAAAGAGCGCAGUGAGGUGUCAGACACCAUUGCAUCCAUCGUCGAGGUGGUGCGGGCUAAAGCACCGAAGAUGACGCGUGUAGAGCAGCUGGUGGUGCUUGGAUUGGGCGGGUUUCUGACGAGCAAAAGUGCGCGGGCGCAGCUGCUGACGGCGAAAGCGCUGGCCUCUGCACUUGCAUGUGACAGGGUCGUGUGUUUCGACCCGUGCUUCAACAUCAACGAGGUGGCGGCGCUGCACGUGAUGGGGAUCGAGGUGCUGCAGGAGAACACGGUCGGCUACAUGGCCCUGGACCGGCCCACGCUGCUGUUCAUGCCGCAUUGCCCGAUGGCCCUCUACGAGAACAUGCUCCGCGCAAACACCAGACCUCACACAGCCGGCUCCGAGGGGAGUCCGGGCAGCAGCAGCGACACGAAGCGCCGAGGCGAUGGUGGUGGGAAUCUUGCUGCGCCUGCACAUGCUACGAAGACAGCAACAGGCACAGCGAAAGAAGGAAAGACGGAGAAGAAGGAGAAGAAGGACAAGAAGGAGAAGAAGGAGAAGAAGGAGAAGAAGGAGAAGAAGAAGCAGCAGCAGCAGGAGCAGGAGCAGUGGUUGAUGGCAGGCAAUGUGGCCGGCUUGUUGGGGAACGACCUGCGUGGCUAUGUGGAGCGAUCCGUCAAUGCAGCUGAGGUGGAGGCGACGUUUCCGUUUUUGUGUCAUUACGCCAGGCCUCCAACGGCCAUUACCGCAUAUGCUUUACCCAAGGAUGCCACACAGACAGAACUGAUGGCGUUUGGGGAUCUGGCGUUGCACUCAUUCCCUGGUGUACACAGACCACGUACGAAACAAGAAGGAGGAGAGCAACGAAAAGAACAACCACCACCACCACCACCGAUGGCACACUUGCCACCUGGUGUGGAUGCCGCCGCUUGCCCUCCUCGCCUCUCGUCCUCACAGCGCUCGGCUUUGUCAUCCGUGCAAUCGCGCCAGCAGACUGGGUUGUAUUGAAAUGAUUGCAGCCAGGCAAGGCUUUAACAAGAAACACAACGAGCA